AUGUUUCUCCGAUCAGCACUAUUCGGAAGUGCGCUGCUCUCCAACGCCUACGCGCACGAGGUUCUUUUCGGUCGCGAUCUCCCACUACCGGUGGCUGCCAACGCGGAGUCAUAUACCGACUGUGCCAAUGCAGUAUGGCCUCCGUCCAAUGUCGGCGUGGAGCUGAUUCCGCAAGCACCAGACGAUGAGAUGCGAGCUAUCGUGAAUGAAAUCAGUUCAGCAAACAUCGAGGCUACGAUCACCAAACUGGUAUCGUUCGGAACCCGCCAUACCCUUGCCACAUACAACAGCUCGACGCGCGGAGUAGAUGCAGCGAGGGAUUGGGUAGCCUCCGAGAUGCGAAAAUAUGCUGCGGACAGCAACGGCACGAUGACGGUCGAGGUGCAAAGCUAUUUGCAAGGAAUAGCCAGCAGAAUCCCCUUUCCCGUGUACAUAUCGAAUGUGCUUGCGACUGCCAAGGGAAGUGAGACUCCCGACAGGGUAUAUGUCAUGACCGGACAUAUUGACAGUCGGGUCACUGACGUGCUCAACUACGAUGCCGACUCUCCCGGUGCCAACGACGACGCGAGUGGAGUUGCUAUUGCGAUGGAGAUUGCGCGUGUUCUUGCCAAGCAUCAGCCCAAGUCAACAAUAAUCCUCGGUGCUGUAUCUGGCGAAGAGCAGGGUCUAUAUGGCUCAACCUAUCUGGCACAAACACUUAAGAACUCUAGCACGAAUGUCGAAGGCAUGCUGAACUGCGACAUUGUCGGUUCCUCAACUGGAGAUCGCGGUCAGAAAGACCCCUACACCAUUCGCGCUUUCGCUCAAGGUGUUCCGCCUCUUUCGGCCGAAAACAACGUCACAGCAGCGCGACGCCUCCAAAUCGGUGGCGAAAACGAUAGCCCUGCACGAGAGCUUGCGCGCUUCUCAGCUGAAGUCGCUGCCAACAAUGCCACCGGUAUGAACGUAGCCAUCAUCUACCGCCUGGACCGCUUUUUGCGUGGAGGUGACCACACUGGAUUCCUUCAAGCGGGUUACCCUGCUAUCCGCUAUACGGAGCCUAACGAGAACUUCGCUCAUCAGCAUCAAGACUUGCGCACCGAGAACGGCACCGUCUAUGGCGACCUAAUUGAGUUCGUCGACUUUGACUUCACAGCACGUGUUGGCAAGGUCAAUCUCGCCACGCUUUGGUCCCUCUCACAGGCUCCUGGCAUGCCACGCAACGUCACCAUCGACACGACAGUUCUGGACAACGACUCGCGCAUCAAGUGGAUUGUUUCCAAUAGCACAGAUGUCGCGAGCUACGAAAUCGUGUGGCGAGCCACUACAGCGAGCCUGUGGACUCGCAUGCUCGAUGUUGGCAAAGUUGGAUCAGUUGUCCUUCCUCUCAGCAAGGACAAUGUCAUAUUCGGUGUGAGGGCCGUCGGUACGAACGGGUACAAGAGUCCGGCUGUCUAUCCUUUCCCUGGAUAA